UUGUCCCCAGCUGACAUUUUGCAGAGUGCACUUAAGCGUGAUCCACGCCCGAACAACUGAAGACGCCAUGGACGUCAGACAGUACCUGUCACGGAUACGUUACCAUGGCGACAGUAGCCCCACCCUGGAUAACCUGCGCGCCAUCUACCAGGCACACAUGCUGACCGUCCCUUUCGAGAACCUCAGCAUCCUCUGUGGAGAAGAGAUCGUACUUGAUCUUCAGCUUCUCUACAACAAGAUUGUGGUGAAGAGACGAGGAGGGUUCUGUUACGAGUGUAACGGUCUGUUCGCCUGGCUGCUCGGUCAGCUCGGCUUCAAACUCAAAACGGUGUCGGCGCAGGUGUGGACCGCCGAGAAAGAGGAAUUCACGUCCGAGUUGUCCCAUGUUAUUAACGUAGUGAGUAUAGAUGGCGAGAGCUGGGUUACCGAUGUGGGUUACGGCUGUGUGUUCCGUACACCCAUCCGUUUGGUAGCAGACCAGGAGCAUCCUGACAUCACUGGGACAUACAGGCUUCAACAAGAGGGUGAUACGUGGUUCCUACAGCGAAAGAGCAAAGCACGGCUGGAUGCUGACAACUACGAAGCGGUUCCUGGCGGAAUUCAGAAGGACGACAUGGCAGAAUCUGGCGAGUGGACGGUGAUGUACAAGUUCACUUUACAAGAACACGAACUGCAAGACUUCUCCGAGAUGUGCACCUGGACACAGCGGUUUUCUUCCUUCACCGAACGACCAUUGUGCGUGCUCCACCUAGCGGACGGUGUGGUCACCUACACCGGAAGGAAGCUCAUCACAACACGUUACUACAACACACAUCUCACCAAGACUACCACAGUUCUGGAUAGUGACAAUGACAUUUUGAAGGUUCUGUGGGACACGUUUGGAAUCAGAUUGGAAAAUCCUCUUGUAAUAAAAGAGUGA